AGACAGGGUACGCGGCUGCCCUGAUUAACGAUAAAGUAGGCUUCAAGCCCCAGAUAAAAUGUUAAGUGGUGGCCGAGCAGCAUGUCGGCAUGCUGGUAGUAUAGCCCAGCUAGAUGCUUUCUACUUAGGAUUACGUUGCUACGCAAAUGCGCCGGGGUCAACCCAUCGAUCGACCUUGCGCGAUGAUGUCGGUUUCGAUUUCGUGUUUGGGGCUCAUCGGGAAGCCCAACAGCAACUAAAUGAGGCUCUCAGGGAAUCUGUUAGGGACCGCCUUUCCCUCGCUCUCGGACGGCGCAAGGGGCGUCCUUUGGAUGUAGAGUCUUUGCAGCGCCUACCGGCAGAGGAGCUUCUGGAGGCAUGCCGGCAAGCCCGCCUCCCCCUGCCCUCCUCCUCCCUCGACUCCCGAGCCAUGGCCGCAGCCCUGCAUGCCCACCUGCACCCCCCCGCCUCCUCCUCCCCCUCACCCGCUGCUGCCUCCUCCUCUGAAGCUGGCUGGGACCAGCCCACACCGCUUCGCCGGGCCAGCUGGCUAGGACUAGGACAGCGCACCCAGCUCGGCUCGGGCGGCUCUGAAACCGCUCCUGCCCCGUCCAGCAACCCCACGGCAGCAGCAGCAGCGGCGGAGACGGCCCGUCGGGUGAGGCCGGCGGGUGGUAUUGCUCACGGCGACGCUGACGAUGAUGCGGAGGCUACCGCUGCUGCCGCCCUGCUCGCGGCUGCGGAGCGGGAGGCGGACGCGCUGUUUGACGAGGAGUUGCAGCGCCGCCUGCAGCUGGCCACUGCAGGGGCCGCAGGAGCAGGGGGAGGAGCGGGGGCAGCAGCAGCAGCGGCUAGCACUGGCAGCAGCGGUAGCAGCACCGUGGUGCGGACUGGGCCUGGUGUUACUGCAGGAGCCGGGGUGUCCCCGGCAGCCCCGCAGCACCCUCUGCGGCCGUCCUUGCAGCCCCACCAGCCGCAACCACCGCAGUCUCAACAGCAGCAACAGCUGUCGCACCCAGCCCCCGGCAGCCCCCGCCGCACCCCGCUGUUCGGCUCCACCACUGACCUCCUCGCAGCUGCAGACUCCUCCACCUCCACCUCGGCAGGCAGGACCUCCCCUGCCCCCUCCGCCCCCACCCUCUUCCUGAACCCAGCCUUGUACGGCAGUGGCAGCGCUGUUGCCACUGCCACAGCUGCUGCUGCGGACCGAGGUGCGCCGUACGACCCGCUGUCGCCUCCCACCCCCUCCGAGGUGGUUCGGGCGGUGCGGCGGACGCUGGUUCGUCGCGGCUACUGGGGCAAGGAGCCGGGUCAGCUGGGGUCGCUGCUGCUGCUGAGCCGCGGGGAGCUGCUGGGGCUGGUGCGG